AGCGUUGCACGAUGAUGGUUAAAUAAUUCAUAACAACAUGGAAUUUAAAAAAGGAAAUACUAGAAACUCAAAAUAUUUUCUUGUUGCAGCCUAUUUGGUGAUAUCUACAAAGAUGUAUGUGUUUCAAGCAGAUACAAGUGUUCAGUGCUUCAUGAUUUCACACAUGCAGAAAACAAAACCUGAUCUUAUUCAAAGACAACAGGCAGCCAACCGUAGGGUGGAAUUAAUGAACAUCUCAUGCAGUCUCAUGGGAAGCAUCGGAAAUGAUGAAAGUGAAAUAGGAAAGACAUUUAGUGAAAUAGAACUUGACUUUCUAGAUACUGUUGAGAUCCAAGCGACACUGAAUGGAUAUGAAAAUGUAAACUGCUCUUGGAGGCACAGAGAUGCCGUAUCAGAGUGCAUUACUGACAAAAGCAGAACAACAUUUUCCUUCAUGAUUAUUGAAGCUGAUAAAAAACAAGCUGGACAGCAUUUGCUCUUGUUUCAAACACCCAACAGUAGCUUCUUGGUGGAAUUCAGAGUGCAAGUAUUAACCUAUCCAAUGAAGCCAUUGCUACGUGUCUACGAAAGAAACGAAGGAUACUCACUUAUUGUGCAGUGUACUUCUGAAGGUUACCCUCCACCUUCCAUUCUCUGGCUUUCUGGUGACACUCCAGAUGAUAGGUGUGCCAAAUCUGACGACAAAACGCAGACAGUAGAUCAUUCUGGAAUGGUAGGGAAAAACAUUUCAGGAUCCCAGAUACAUAAUGAAACGAGGUGGUGCUGUGCAUGCAAUAGAUUAGGCAUGGAAUGCACCAGGCUGAUUGAUUUAGGUCAACCCCUUGAACGUUUUGAAUCAGAGCCUCACGUGUUUCUUAAAGUUGGAGAUCCAUUUCUGUUUUGGUGCAGUAAUUACAAUAAUUUUCCUAUAAUCCGUUGUGACCAUACAGAAAAAAAGUUACGUUUUAUUGAAGAGCACUAUGGAAAAAAAAAGAUAAGAUACAUAGCAUUUCAAUCCCUUGCUAUGGAAGACAGUGGGCUAUAUACAUGUUUGCUUUCAGGAAACAAAUCUAGAAGUUUAAUGCUCUCAGUUGUGGAAAAAGGAUUUCUCAACUCUUCCAAGAUUAUUCGGCAAAAUGAAAUUACUCCGCCUAAUAGUAUUUGCUUGAAUGUCACAGUUUUUGCAUUUCCACCUAUUCAGUGCAAAUGGAUGUAUAACAAAGAGUUAUUUUCAUGCAAUGUUCAGGAACCUGCUUAUGAAACAAGGAGGACAUUUAUUUUCUGUCAUCAUCACAAUAUUCCCGGUACCUAUGUAUUUUUGGGUGGGAACCAGGAAUUCAAGGUGAGGGAACAGCUAGACUUGUAUGUGAAAGCAACACCACACAUCAGUAUAUCAUUUGAAAAUGACAGAAAAGUGGCAUGUAUUGGUGAAAGUUAUCCUGAGCCAGCUUUAACCUGGUUGGAAUGCCCUGAAGAGCUCAAUUGUAGUGAUGAAACAUCUUGGAAGAAAAUAAACGUCAAUGGGAUUGCAUCAGUAAUUGAUGGGCAAGUUUUUGGCCAUAAAAAGGUUUCUAAUCUACUGGACCUAAAUUCACUGAGUAAAAAACACUGGAUCAGAUGUUGUGCACAAAACGAUUAUGGUUCUUUUUGUCAAAAUGUUGGACAAGCAAAUUUGCCACAGAAGAGUGAAAAAACAUUAUAUUAUGCAACAGUUGGAGUUGGUGUGCCUGUAGUUAUUCUUCUGUUAUGUUUCAUGUACUAUAAUGGCAGAAGGAAACCAAAAUAUGAGAAUCAAAUGCAAAUGAUACAAUUUAUUGGACCCUCGGAUAAUGAAUACAUAUAUAUUGAUUUUCGAAACAUUGAGUAUGAUACAAAAUGGGAAUUUCCAAGGGAAAAUUUGAAACUUGGAAAAGAGCUGGGUGCUGGAGCCUUUGGGAAGGUAAUUGCAGCCAAUGCUUAUGGCAUCUGUAAACCAGGAGAGUCUCUACAAGUAGCUGUGAAAAUGCUCAAAGAUAAAUUUCAGCCUUCUGAAAAAGAUGCCAUCAUGGCAGAACUGAAAAUGUUAACACAGAUUGGGAACCAUGAAAAUAUUGUUAAUUUGCUCGGAGCAUGCACUGGGUCAGGCCCAGUUUACCUGAUCUUCCAGUAUUGUCAAAAUGGUGACCUUCUCAACUACCUGAGGAGCAAUCGAGACAAAUUUCAGAAGACAUUAGCUAUUGUUUUAACACAGAAUAGCCUCAGUUUAUAUCACAAUAUUCAGCAGGAUCAUAUUUUAAGCAACGGAAACUUUCAGCAUGAUGGCUCAUAUAUUCCGAUGCACCCUAUAAACAUGGUUAAGACUUUAGAAGGAGAAAGAGAAACACUUCUGAAUACUUCAAACUUUGAAGACUGUAAAACAUUUCAUGGAUGCGAUUAUAAGAAUGUCCAAAUAUAUCAAGAAAGAGAAUUACAGGUGCUUACAUUUGAAGAUCUAUUGAGCUUUUCCCAUCAGGUUGCUAAAGGGAUGGAAUUUCUGACAUCAAAAAAUUGUAUCCACAGGGACCUGGCUGCAAGGAAUGUUUUGGUCACCCAUGGAAAGACUGCAAAAAUUGCUGAUUUUGGACUGGCACGUGACAUCAUGAAUGAUUCCAACUAUGUUGUGAAAGGCAAUGCCCGGCUACCUGUGAAGUGGAUGCCCCCAGAAAGCUUGUUUGAGGGCGUGUACACAUUUCAGAGUGAUGUCUGGUCAUACGGCAUACUGCUGUGGGAAAUAUUCUCUCUUGGUGUCAAUCCCUAUCCUGGAAUUCAAGUAGAUCAAAAUUUCUAUAAGCUUAUACAAAAUGGAUUCAAAAUGGACCAGCCCUUUUAUGCUACUGAAAGAAUCUACACUAUGAUGAAAUCUUGUUGGGCACUUGAAGCAAGGAAAAGACCUGGAUUUUCACAUAUUGUUUCUUUCAUGGAAAGUGAGCUGAUGGAAGCAGAAGAAGAACUUUAUCAUAACUCACGAUGCAGAAACAAUCAAAGUUUUCUUGCUAAAGCUUAUCAGAAGUCUCCUUCUUUGUAAAUCUGCUGGAGAAGAAGAUACACCCAGAAUUGUGACUUUGCAAUGUGCUGCUGAACAAUGAAAGAAUGACAUGAAAACAAAAUGAAAACGAUCUGGGCUUCUUCUAAGGCAUUUCAAAUCCUUAUAACAAAAAGUUUUCGUGUUGCAUACCUAAAUUGGUACAUUUGUUAUGGAUUAACAAAGACUGAAUAAUUAUGGACACAUUUUUGGGGAGUUAUUUGUUUAUAGCAUCAGUGUUACUACCAACUUCUGACACCAGUAUUUACAUUUAAAAAACAGUGGAGUGUUUAAAAUAAGAAUAAGCUAUUGAAAUGAUUUUAAAGUCAUCUUUACUGCUGGAGUACAGUAAGAUAUCGCCAAGAUAAGAAAACAGAAAAUAUGCAAUAUAAACUCUUGGUCAACAUCAUGUACUAGGGAGUCACAAAGAAAAAGAUGGUAGAGCUAUAUUUGAGAAAUAUAUGAUCAGCAGUCACCAAACAGGAUGAAUCAUCUGUAAGAGGACAGCAAUUAUAGUUGCAAUGCAAAUUUUCAGAGAAAAAUUCUUAUAGGUUUCAAAGAAAGAAAGUGCAACAACACUGCAUAUUGGGGUUGCUGGCUAAAGGAAAUUCUAAAUAAGCUGUUUUACUUGGCUUUGAGUUUAAUGAAGAAAGCAAGUGUGACUCUUUCCAGGCUUGAUUAACCUGGCUUCAUUCCUGACAGUAGCUUACUGUGAAUAUAAGACUUGCUAAGGCAAUACAUGUUAUGCUUAUAUUUGAUAAUGUAGUAUACAGAAUAGACUUAUUGUCCUUAGCUUUUUCUCUAAAGCAAUGCCCCUUUGGCAUGAGGCUGGUAGGAAUGAGACAUAAUGUUAAUGGAUAAUUGCCAUGAAAUACUGUAAAUGUUUGUUUUUUUUUAUUGUUUUUUGGCACUGCAUGCAGGGAACACCUUUUAAAGAGUAUUAAGGCUUGCCUGCAUGAAAUUCUUUUUAGAAAGAAAAAAACUAACAAGUUUUUUGGUACUUUGUAUAGCUGCACACUGCAAUGUCCUAAAAAAUAUAUAGUCACUCCUUAGAUGGUUAUACAUCUGAGUAGCUUUGCAAACAUUAUUUGGAUAGACAUGAAAAGAGCAUGUUUUUAUUUUAUUUCUGACAGAUUUUUUUUUCCAGAACUAUAAAGCAACAAAAUCAAAAGUGUGUACAUAUAUAUCUACUGUAUCUUAAAUUGAUAUAAUGCCACCAAGAGUGUCUAAAAUGUUGUCUUUUCUAGGUCUGAUCUCACCCAUUGCUAAUGCUUUUGUUAUACUAAUAUAUACUUUGUAAAGUUUGCUUAAACCACAAUCUUUAAGUUUUUGUUUCAAAACAGAAGGCUCAGAUGAUGGUUAGCAGGUCAACACGCGCACAGUAAAUGUGGCAGCUAAAUCAAACAGACUGAUCUCACAGAAUGCACACACACCCACACUUAUGCUAGAGUAAUUGAGCACUGCCUUUUAGAGAUCAAUGAAUACACUGAAUACACUGAAAGCCCUGCCCGGGGUUUGUUUCCUGCCUUGUGCCCUGUGUUGGCUGGGAUUGGCUCCAGCAGACCCCUGUAGUUAGGAUGUAGCAGGUUGGAUAAUGGAUGGAUGGAUGAAUACACUGGAGGAGAGACGUAUUGAAAUGAAGAGAGCAUUCAUCCUCCCCACUGAAGGUACCAAAUCCCAGAUUCAAUCAUGGGACUCGAGCAGUGCGGCCAGUGAAUUAACCAACUGGUCCCUGCACAAUCCACAUGAUAAAUUUGUAUUGUAGCAAUAUCAGACCUAAUAACUUUGACUUUAAAAUCAGUACACACAUUAUUUAAGAUCACAAUAAACUGCCUGUUAUAUUUGUCUGGCUAAUAAAACACUCAAAUAUUUAAAAGCAAUCUUAAAGAAAAAUAAACUGGUUAUGAUACAUUUUUUUGCAUUUCUUCACUUUUGAAAAUGCUAACACAAAUACUUUUUUAGAUGUGACACAGGAUUAAUUUAAACUGUCAACUGAGAAUUAUUGUUACAUUAUGAAACAUGCUAACUUCAGAACAAAAGCAUUUUUUUCUUUACCAGGAAUAUACAUUUUUACAGUUACUUUCAGUCCUUUCUAUAUUUUAAUACUACAAGGAUUAUUUAGUGUAAAGGAAUGAUAUGUGCUUUAAUACUAAGCUCUUUUGUAAUAUUUAAAACUUGUGUUCAAUAGUUUGAUUAUUUUCUUAGUGUGUUGGUUUGUGUUCUGCUAUUUAAAAUAUAUUUCACCAUCGACUUUGAAUCACUAAGUUUAUUAAAAGACUUAAAUAAAAGUACAUUCAUCAUUAUUGCUGACUGACUAAGAAGAGAACAAUGGUAAAAGAAAAUAGUGCAUACAGUAUGUAUAUACUGUAUGUGAUAGACUACAAAGGGCAGAAAUUGCAUAGGGUGGGUAAAAAUGGGGUAAGCUGUAGACCUCCAGCCAUAGACUCCAAGUUGCUCUGGAAAGAGAAGGUCUUUGCCGUGCACUGCAGUAUUUAUUCCUCUGCUAAUUUCAAGGACUCCUAAGCAUUACAGUGGCAUGAGGCUACAGUACACUUAGAAUAGUUUCUAGAAUUUCUACAUUCCUAAACUAGUUUUCUCAGUUAAAGCUCUUAAACAAUUUUGGGUCACCUGUGCACUGUACUGGGUUUCUGGGUUUGAACUUUUCCAUUACCUGGACACUUCUGCCUCCUACUGCUUUAGAUAAACUAUGUUGUCAAUGUGCCUAUAAGCCAUCUUGCUCGCCCUUGUGCUCUUCAUAUGUCUGUUUCAAGGGUACUCUUUUCAAAUCCAUCAUAUAGGCAUAACAUUCCCAAAAUUGCUUAAUGCACUUUAGGGUUACAGGUUUGGACCAUACCCUGGUAAUUUCUUGUUGUGACAGUCCAUCUGUCUGCAUAUGGAAGAUGAAACAUAGAAGUUCUUCCAUCCACAGAGCAGGGGCAGUUCUCCUUUACUGGUCAUUGAGUUGAAGCAGUGUAGUCCAAAGGCCUCUGGAUCAUGACUGGUGGGAACAGAAACAUUGGUGUAACACAGGAACUCACCCACACACACAGGGAUAUAUCAUCAUUGACAAAUAACCAACAGUCUGCCAACUGGUAAUAAUCCCAGUAACAAAAGUGAGAUCAGUCAUGCACUGGUCCUAGGAUUUAACAAAUUGUGCGUAAGCUCUUGGAUUUUGCAGAGGUGUGUGUGUGUGUGUGUGAUCCUGAAUAAAUUUCAAGGUAAAGGUUAUAGGCAGCUCUUUAUGUGUUCUUUUUCAUUCUAGUCUAAGCAUUUGAGUUAUGGCUGAGCUGGAAGUUUGGUUUACCUAAAUUAGCAAAUGGACAGUCGUUCCCAUCCAAUACACUGGAGUGAAUAAUCUAAUAAGCAGAGUUUAUUUUGCCUCAAUUUUAUUUUGCUUUCAUAUGUUUCUCCCUUUAAGCAUUCCUUCUCUGCAUAACAAAGUAAAUCACUGGACAUUUUACUUCUAUUUGGCUCUUUUUCAAAAUUAGUGUUGCACACUAGCAUCAUAGAGAAAGGGUCUGUCAUCUGUGGGUGCAUCUGUUGGUCAAUUACUGAUGUUUAAUGUCACUGUAUUUAGUGGUACUGAGACUUUCAAAGCAACAUGUUAAAAUAAGGGACUGUCUAUAGUGCAAGUAUUUCACACUGCAGUGUAAUAUGUUGCUAGCAAAGGCUUUGUUUCUGUUAAACAGCAAUAAAAUAUCUAAUGGAUGCACUAGACCCGGCCACUACAGUCCCUAUUCUAAAGCAUUACUAGCAUACUAAAGUGCUGAUGUGUUAAACUGCUGACUUUAUCAUGCUGUCACAAUGGAUUACUGUCUACUAGCAUUUACAUGUAAGAUGUCAAAUAAUGAUGUUAGGAAAUGCAAAAUAAAGACAGAUUUAUCUUUUAUCUUAUUAAAAGGAAUCUAACUGCAUCAUCCCAUUCUAAUAAAUGGACAUAAUUAUCCUUAGUACUGAAUUAAGCUCUUGUUCUUUUAACGUUCUGUUUAAUUUUCCAAUUAUUUUACAUUAGAAGUAGAAAAAAGCUCUGUCUAAAGUAAU